AUGCCUCUGACAGCCAAUUCGCCCGCCUGGCUACACGUCCUUCAGAAUGUGGCGUUGAUCUCACUCGCAGUUCUCUUGGCCCCUCUUUGUACAUCCAUUGCUAUCUUGAGUUCAGUCAUAUCACCUUUUACCCAAGCUACACGACAGAUUCAACAGCAACGACAAGGGCGAAACAAAUUCUCUGAUGGUCAACCGCGGACUGUUUUGGUCACUGGAGUGGGGAUGAGUAAAGGGCUCUUCAUUGCACGCGCAUUCUAUAAGGCAGGAUAUACCGUCAUUGGUGCCGACUUUGAGCCCUUCUAUAUUCCUGUUUGUGGCCGAUUCUCCAGAGCUCUGCAGAAAUUCUUCAGCUUGUCCAAGCCCUCAGACAUAUCUGGCCCAAGGGCAUACAUCAACAGACUCGUCGAUGUCAUCAGGAAGGAAGAUGUAGAUUUAUGGAUCAGCUGCUCGGGAGUGGCUUCGGCACUCGAAGAUGGGGAGGCCGCUGAGGCUGUACAAAGUACCACAAGCUGUCGAGUUGUGCAGUUUGGAAUGGACAUGACAGCUCUUCUCCACGAAAAACACUCUUUCAUCAAAAACACAGAACGACUGCAACUAAACGUCCCUGAAACACACCCAAUUACUUCUGUAGAUCAGGCAAUACAUCUCCUUCACCCUGCCAAGGGAGACCUGGAGAAGAGCUUCAUCAUGAAAAGCGUGGGCUUAGAUGAUUCCAUUCGAGCAGACAUGACACUUCUUCCGUUCUCACAGAUAGAGAAGACUCGAGAACAUCUCGCUACUUUGCGGCCUUCUCCCUCCAGGCCAUUCGUUCUUCAACAGUGGAUUGAUGGGCCCGAGUUCUGUACACACUCCAUCAUCAUCCGUGGAAGAGUCCUUGCAUUCACAUGUUGUCCGUCGUCGGAGCUUCUAAUGCACUACAAAGCUCUACCCACCUCAUCUUCUAUCUUCCGUACACUUCUGAAGUACACUGAGAUAUAUGCCGAAAGAAUUGGAAGCGACAUGACGGGUCAUUUCUCAAUUGAUUUUCUCAUUGAUCAGGAAAGUCCUGAGAAAGAUCUCAUGAAGAAAGUCUAUCCUAUCGAGUGUAAUCCACGGGCUCAUACUGCCGUUGUACUCUUCGCUAAACAGAGCGUUCAAAUGGCACAAGCAUAUAUGGAAAUUUUCAACGUCGAGAGUGACUUAAAACGCGACUCUGGUAUCGUUUUCACAACCUCAGACAUUGGAUACUACUGGAUCGGACACGAUCUUGUUACCCGGAUUCUUCUGCCUUUGGCUGCGUUUUUGACUUUCGAGAUGCAGUUUUCGGAGUUGAAGAGUAACUGGAUAGAGUUCUUUCGGCGUAUUUUGUAUUGGCGUGACGGUAUUUUUGAGAUCUGGGACCCAUGGCCUUUUUGGGCCUUGUAUUGUAUUUACUGGCCGUGCAUUUUCAUUUCAAGAAUUUUUUCGGGAAAGAAAUGGAGUCGGUGCAAUGUCAGUACAACGAAGAUUUUUGACUGUUAA